CUCCCACUCUCUCUCUGUCUCUCUCUCUAAAACCUUGACAAGAAUCCCGUCUCUCUCUCUCUCUCUAACUCACGCAGCCCUCGAAAGAACCCAGAAAUGGCCACCAACCUCCUCACCUUCGCGCCCUCCGGCAUCCGGGCCUCCGCCUCCUCCGCCGCCGGCGCCGGCCACAAGAGACCCGACCCGAACCGCCGGAGCUUCUCCGCCGUCCCCGCCGCCCCUUCCUCCUCCUCCACCACCUCCUCCUCCGCCGGCUGGUGGACCCCGCUCUUCGGGUGGCCCUCCGAGCCCGACUACAUCGACUCCGGCAGCGGCAAGGCCGACCGCCGGGAGGAGAAGGUCGACCCGGAGCUCGACCCGAGCACGGCGCGGCCGUCCCGGUUCGCCCCGGGCGGCUUCACGGCCGAGAAGGCGAAGCAGCUGCGGAUGAUGACCCAGGGCGCCGGGUCGUUCCACGACGCCAUGUACCACUCCGCCAUCGCCUCCCGGCUGGCCUCCGACUUCGGGGGCCGACCCGAUCUAUGAGGAUCUGGUCCGGAUCCGGGUCCGAGUCGCCGGAGCUUUAGAAGCUCCCCCGCUUCUCGCGGUUGCCGGAUCUUUACCCUCUUCCCGUUUCUUGCUCCUCUUUGCUCUUUUCUUAGCUUUUGAUUUCUCUCCGAUAUAUGCUGCGUCCGAUAAUAUAGGCGGCGCAUCUGGUGUAUGAUUUAGUGGUGUGAUUAGAAGAAGGGGGUCCUGAUGUUGAACUUGAAGAAGAAGAAGAAGCAUGUAUGUAAUUAUCGUCGGUGCGUAAAUAACGUUGCUUUCGGAAUGAUCUCUGCUAAUUGCAUAUUAGCUGAUAAUCUUGCUGGGUAUUGAUCGAUGGAUCUUGUUAAGCAUUUUUAGUUUGUAAA